AUGGUAUAUUACAUUCGUUUCCUGAAGACUCCUAGAUUUCAGAGUCAAAAAGCCGGGUCCGUUACUGUAACUGCGCUCAUAUGCAUCACCACCGACUUAGGAGAUGCAUUUCUGGCCCAAGAUAUCGAUUUGCAGGUGACAUUGAGUCCCAACGGCUCCGGCAGAACCCUGUAUAAGGACAAUUUACAGUGGAAAGCAGGAAAACGCGAGCUUCCGCUAUCCCUAGGUCCAUUUUCCGCCGGACUAUCCCAGCAGACUAUCGUGCUAGGCGUAGCCGCAGUUGACCCUCAACGGCCGAGCCCGCCUAGUCUAGAUCAUCUGCUCGACACCUCUAAACUCCCUCUAGUCAUAUCAGGCUGGAGCGCGCCGUUUGGAGGGUCAGAGCCUCUUGUGGCUGAAAAGCUUGUCGAACGACGCUUCCGCCCAAAGAAUCAAUUGGACCUCAGGAUAUGGGAGGAGACCGGCAACAGCAUUGCCCGGCAUAUCUGGGAUGCAGCUAUCGCAUCGGUAAUGUACCUUCAGCAAGCGACGACCAAGAUUCCAGGGUCCGCCGCACCUUUGCUCCAGAAUCUCCUACAAGGUCAACGCAGCACCCCUCUUCACGCCAUUGAAUUGGGGUCUGGCUGCGGUAUUGUGGGUAUAGCACUAGCAGAGCUCCUCUCGCAUUGCUCAGUUCUGCUUACAGAUCUCCCUGAGGUGGAGGAGAUCGUCAUGAAAAACAUAGCCGUCGCAAGGCCAGCUCCAUCGUCGCAGGUCACAUUUCAGACACUUGAUUGGGAUGAAAAGCUACCUGACAAUCUAUGCAACGGCCGCAUUGACCUGAUUCUUGUCUCUGAUUGCACGUACAACGCGGACAGCCUGCCGGCGCUGGUCAAUGUGCUGGACCGUCUAGUCCAGAUGUCGCCUGAUGCUGUAGUCCUGGUGUCUUUGAAGAGACGACAUGAUAGCGAAGAGGUCUUUUUCAGCCUGAUGGACUCGGUAAAUCUUUUUACUUUGCAUAAGGACAGCAUGCAACUUUCGUCUCAACAUGACCAGUUUGACGAGAUUGAGCUGUACUACAAGGCUCAGUGGAUCAACCAAGAACGGCGCCGUUGGGCCCGCUACUUCUCCGUUCCCAUUGUUGAACGGACACCGGCAGGCUUUCCGCCCCUGACUCUGGCUCCGCAGCGUGCUCUGUGCGCCAUCUCGCAAAAGGCGCCGGAACGCUUUGUUCCCGCUAUCGAGGCCCUCUAUCAGUCCUUCUGGGUUGAAGGAAAUGGCCAGAUCGGACAGCCUGAGGGGUUCGGCCCCAUCCUGGAGAAAGUGCUCGGCAAAGCAGGCGCAGGGGAGAUCCUCAAGGCCAUGAGCCAAGACGAGGCCAAAUCGCUCUUGUCGGCCAAUACGGAUCGUGCAUUCAAGUCCGGUGCGUUUGGACUUCCCUGGUUCGAGUGCACCAACUCCAAGGGUGAGACAGAAGGGUUCUGGGGGAUCGACCAUCUGGGCCAAGUAGCCGAGUUCUUGGGAUUGGAUCGCAGUCUGGAGAAAGGUUUCCGGGCGGUGCUGUAG